GGAGACGAUGAUGAUGCAGAAGGCGAAAGAAGAAGGGAGGAAUCUGUUUGGUUCACCGACGUUCAUUGAUCUUGGGAACGGACGGCUAAGAUGCGUCGAGACUGGUCACGAGGUUUUAGCCGGAGACGAAGAAUCAUACGCUCGUAACAAACGGUGUCGUUUGGGACUCAUCGAUCACGCUUUGUCUCAGGGAAAGUCUCCUUUCAACAUGUUCUCGCAAUGCCCAUUUUCUCGCUCGAAACUUGUGUGCAAGCUUACCGGGGAUACUGUGAACAAGAACGAGGAACACAUUUGGAAACAUGUGAACGGGAAAAGAUUUCUUCAUAAACUAGAGCAAGUGGAAAGAGGAGCUGGAUCAAGUGGAAGGACCGAGAAAACACAAGCAACCAAACCAAGAUGCAAUAAAGAAGAUAGUGAUUCCGAAGAAGCCGAUUUUUGGAUGGUUAAGUCAAGUUCUGGUUCAGAGACAGAUGGAGAGACUGGUGAAGGUUCUCAUUGUGAUGCCAAAGAAUCUGAAGAGCUAUCAGAAAGAACAAAGAGAAUGACAAUAGAGAUUGGACCAAGUAGCUUUGCUUCUAGGAAGAAAAAGAGUAAGAAUGAUGUGUCGUCUUAAGAAGUUGUUGCAGACAAACAAAAAAGAAACAGCAUAAUUUUGUUUGUGCUAAAUCAAACACUUCGUAUAUUAUCCUUAGUAAAUCGUUUGAUUUUGUUUUCAUAUACGAAAAUUCUAAUUUUUACAAUUUAGAAAAAUGGAUGGUAAAUUCUAUAA